AUGAAUUUGGCGGAGAUCUGUGACAACGCCAAGAAAGGACGAGAAUAUGCGCUUCUGGGAAACUACGACUCGUCCAUGGUCUACUAUCAGGGGGUCGUGCAGCAGAUCCAGCGGCACUGUCAUUCGGUCAGAGACCCGGCCGUCAGAGGCAGGUGGCAGCAGGUGCGGCAGGAAUUACUGGAAGAAUAUGAGCAAGUGAAAAGCAUCGUCAGCACUUUAGAAAGUUUUAAAAUCGACAGGCCCCUGGAUUUCCCUGUGUCCUGUCAAGAUGAACCGUUUAGAGACCCUGCCGUGUGGCCGCCUCCUGUUCCCGCUGAGCACAGCCUGACACUGAAGCUGGUGGCGAGGGUCACAGACAGGACGUGGGGCAGUCACUUCACCGCAGACUCUGAGAUCCACCUCUGUGUGGUUGGGGUGCUAGAGCCAGCAGCCAGCUACCCCAGGUGGGGUGUGCUGAUGGUUGGACCCCCGGGCACUGGUAAGACGAUGCUGGCUAAAGCCGUUGCCACUGAGUGCGGGACGACGUUCUUCAACGUUUCCUCUUCCACGCUGACCUCGAAGUAUCGAGGUGAAUCCGAGAAGUUAGUCCGCCUGCUGUUUGAGAUGGCCAGAUUCUAUGCCCCUACGACGAUCUUCAUCGAUGAGAUAGAUUCGAUCUGCAGUCGCCGAGGGACCUCUGAUGAACAUGAGGCCAGUCGGAGAGUCAAGUCGGAGCUGCUCACUCAGAUGGAUGGUAAUUCAUCCCUGGAAAACGAGGACCCGUCCAAAAUGGUGAUGGUGUUGGCCGCCACGAAUUUCCCGUGGGACAUCGAUGAAGCUCUGCGGAGGAGAUUAGAAAAACGGAUAUACAUACCCCUCCCCACAG